CCUCAAGUCCUACGUUUACAUCCGUCUAUGCACACUGUACUUGUGAAGAGAGGAGAUCCAGCUUCGCUUACUUUAGUGGUGUGUGCAGAUCCUCGGCCGCAUCGUGUGGCCUGGGAAUGGGGCUCACUGAGACUAGAUGCGGGUUCAGCGAUAGACCGUUUUCGUGCCGAUGAUUUACUACAAGAUACACGCGAGGAUUGUUACCUUUCCACAUUACACAUCCAUCAUACCAGUGAACAUGAUGCACGUCCUUAUUAUUUGGUUGUGGAAAAUGAACGUGGUACUGAUCGUCAUGCCAUUCAAUUGAAUGUGGAGGGUACGUUUACAGGUGCAGAAAAAUCAUGAUUUUUUUAUUCUUUG